UCUACUCAUCUCUGUCGUUGAUCAUUUUUGCCUGCUCAAUUUUCUUAUUUGACGUCUCUAUAUAUAACUCAUAUAUCUAUUUUUCCAUUCCCAAAAUCCCCAAAAAAACAAAAUGGACCAAGAUGAUCAACUACUCAAACUGACCCAGAUGAAAAAACUUGUUCAGAAACUUGGGUGUUCAACUGAGAAAUAUGGAGACCCUACUUUAGUGAGAUUCUUGAUUGCAAGAUCCAUGGAUCCAAAUAAGGCUGCAAAGAUGUUUGUUUCUUGGCAAAAAUGGAGAACUUCUUUUGUUCCAUUGGGUUAUAUUCCUGAUUCACAAGUAGUUGAUCAACUUGCUGACAAAAAGAUUUACUUACAAGGUUUAUGUAAAGAUGGAUACCCUGUUAUGAUUGUUAAAGCUAGCAACCAUUAUCCUGCUAAAGAUCAGCUACAAUUCAAGAGAUUCAUUGCUCAUCUGCUUGACAAAACAAUUGCAAGCGGCUUUAAAGGAAAAGAAAUAGGAAAUGAGAAGCUGGUUGGUGUUCUUGAUUUAGAUCAAUUAGCUUACAAAAAUGUUGAUGCCCGUGGAUUAAUAACUGGAUUUCAGUUUUUACAGGCAUAUUACCCGGAGAGGUUAGCAAAAUGUUACAUCCUAAAUAUGCCGUGGUUUUUUGUGAGUGUUUGGAAGAUGGUUUCCCGAUUUCUGGACAAAGCGACUUUAGAGAAGAUUUUAAUAGUAAGUGACGAGGAAGGAAAAAGCCAGUUUGUUAGAGAAGUUGGAGAAGAUGUUUUACCGGAAGAAUUUGGUGGGAAGGCAAAACUUGUUGCACUUCAAGACGUCGUACUUCCCCCAUUGGAGGAUUAACCAUAACUAAAACUAAACUAUUGCUUACUCUUACAGAGUUGACAAUGAUAUCUAAUGACUUUAUGUAACCGUUUCCCAUUAAUAUAUAAAAUUUAUAAUCAAGUCAAUUUCUUCAA